GGAAGGCCAGUAUGCCAGUGCGAGCGAGUGCGCUCUUGUACGAUCUCCCGGUGUACAGUUCGCACCUUCGCAAAUCGCUUCUCUCUCAUCGCGCCGCUUCAAGAGGCCCCCCGUCGAGUCCUCGAGUCGGCGACUCCUCCUCGUCGGCGCAAUUUCGAUAUACGUCUCGACCCUCCUUCGCACGCAUUUUAACGCAGUGAUGUGCGUCGGCGUGAUGUUCGGUGCGCCCACGUCCGCGAGGAGAAGCGCGUGACGAUUCCUCUCGUUUUUGUCGCGAAGCAAAGUCGAGCAGCCGCCGUUAGCGAAGAGAGGUAACGUCCUCUUCACCCUCUGCGCUUCCACGUCGAGUCUGCACACAGACAGGUGCAUGCUGCACUCGAAUAAAUGUUACUUGCUUCAAGUGUUCCAUAAGUUGACGCGUCCGUGAAUCACAGGUCCAUCGUAAGCGAUAAAUUUACUCGAAGCACAAAGUCGGAUCAACUUUUCCAGUCUUGCAAUAUUUUUGUAAAGAGACACUGCGAUACAUUCUUCCUCUGAGUACAUGCUAAUCAACUUUUCUCAAACUUGUGAUGAAUAUAUUUCGAAGAUUGCUAUGUAGAGAAGAUAUUUUUCGUUGAAAAUAAUCAUUACUUAAAAGAAGUAAAAGGAGCAGAUUGAAUAAUCGCAGAAAGUAGAACGAUAUUUUUCUGCGUAUACCUCGACGUCGCGUGUCGUUCUAGUCGAUUCUAUCUAAAGUAACGUUUUGUUUAUUAACAAGUACACUUCACAUAAAUAUAUUACUGCAAAUCUAUGCAUGGUUGCGUUAAUGUAAUACAGAAAUACAUCGGAAUAGAAGCAAACCGCGUCGCGAGGUGUAGAUAUUGUCGCGAAAUAAAUAAAUUUCCACGAAUCGCGCGAGGAGAAAAAUCGAAAACGAUUCGAUCCGCGACAGAGUUCAAGAUCACGGAAAAUUGAACAGUAUGUGAGUGCACCGGAUACUGAUAAAUUGCACAUCACUGUACGCGAUACAUUAAUCACGUCGCUCGAUGAACAUUGUUGUCUCACAACUAUUCUCAUCCAUUUUCCCGUCCGUAUAUUGAUGUCGACGGGGCUGGCGGCGAUAGUGACCGUGAGUUUUCUGGUUUAGCGUUUAACGUAAUCGCGCCCCCGUUGAGAGAUCCGUACCGAGUCGGGGAACGUUCGAGCGGGCACUCCUCAAGCCGAGAAAGAAUGUGAGGCUUUUGCCGCGGGGGGAGAGGACGGCCGUCAACGGUGUGUCUUCAAAUGUAACAAGGAGGCGCAGACUUAGAACUCACGCGCGAACAAUACGAAAGGUCGCUAAGCGGUUUUCGCUUUGUCACGUCUUCCUAGAGAACUCACAUCUUCAAAUUUCUUUGCUGCGACACAAGGAUGGAGCUGGAGAUACACCAAGAGUCGAAGGAUGGGAUUGGCAGCUUGCCGUUCGUGCCGCCUCCCAUGAAGAAAUCCGAGACGAGGGACAGUAUCUCGUCCGUCGACAGCGACGUAAGUCUCUCGUUCGACAGGAGAGGUUCCAAGGGCGAGGAGGCCGAUCUGUCGGACUACGACAGCGAGAUCAGGCCCCCAAAGGAAGAGAUCGGCGUCGACCAAGACUCAGGCGCGGACUCCUUGGACGACUCGACGCCGAAGGAGCUGGCGAACAGCCGGGAACAACAACAGGAGCCAUCAAAGGUUCCCGUUUCUGAAAGUACCGCGGACGAUUUCGUGCCGCCGAGCGACGACUUAGCCGACAAGAUCUGCGCCCAGGUGGAGUUCUACUUUUCCGACGAGAACAUCGUGAAGGAUGCUUUCCUGCUGAAGCACGUGAAGAGGAACAAGGAGGGCUACGUGUCUCUCAAGCUGAUAUCCAGCUUCAAGAGGGUGAAGCACCUCAGCAGAGACUGGAGAGUGGUCGGCGCGGCCUUGGCGAGGUCCAAGAAGCUGGAGGUGAAUCCGCAGGGUACUAAGCUGCGCAGAGUGGAUCCCUUACCGCCCUUCGACCAGACGGCGCCCUCCAGGACCAUCUUGGCGGCGAGGCUGCCGGUGGAGAAGCUCACGGUCGAGUCGGUCGCCGAGAUCUUUAAGCCCUGCGGUGAAAUCGCGCUCAUCAGGGUGCUCAGGCCCGGGCACCCAGCACCCUCCGAGGUACGACAGGCUAUCUCGAAGAGGCCAGAACUGGCGUCCAGCGAGGAGUGCGCCAUGGUCGAGUUCACGGACUCGAAUUCUGCGCGGAUCGCCAUGCAAAUGACGACCUUGGGUGACGCCAAGGUAUUCGAGCUGCAUCAGUCGGCUGACAAGAAGAGGAAGCAUCAGCCCACGAAGAAAAGUGUUCUUAAUAGAGUGACUAGGGAGGAUAACUACAAUUCGUCCAGUUGUCCAAGCGGCUCUGAACCGGAGGAUGGGCGAAUGAGGCACAAGAAAAGCGUCCCAGGAUACCCGAUGUAUCACAUCCACGCGGGUUAUCCUUUCCAAGCCGAAACUGCUUCCGAGUCAUAA